UCUUUUUUGUUGUUGUAGUUAUUUAUUUUAUUUUUUUAAAUUAGAUCAGAGCUUAUUUAUUGGUGUACAGCCAUUUGGCCCAUUUUGGCCAAGACGGCUUUGAGUUAAAGACAGUCAAAGAUGUUAACGUUACUCCGGGUUUAAAUCAAAAGCGAAAGUGUUUUUGCGAACUGUAAGACAGUAUUCCGUCUCAUUUGGCCCAGUCUGUAGCGCCUAGACUAGACCUCCUUACUCAAGAUGCUUGCAGUCUUUUUGUUUGGCGUCCUUGUUGCAUGCGUUUCUGCUGAGGGCGGUGCAGAUGUGGUACUAUCCUGCGCGCUGGUGGAGGAGGGCGUAGGAAUGGGUGGAAUGGGAGGCGGAGCUCUCUUUACCCGUACCCCGGCCACGCUGGUCCUAAGAGAUGUGGCGGUUCCUCCCGACCAGUUAGACGAGACCCUCACCCCCUUUGUUCCGCCCUCGGUUCCUGAUACUGACGCCGUCCUCUUGGAGGCCAAAGUGUCAUCGCCCGAGAUCCCAGGUGGAGACCUGUUGCUCCACGCAGACUGUAAUGAGCAGGAAGUGGUGUGUGAAAUAAGCCGUUACUUCCCCUAUGGCUCCCAGACUACCUCAGAACCUGCCCAUUUCAUUGCGGCCCUGCAUAUUGAAGGGGGCGGGUUCAGCGUCACCCUGGUCCUGCAGACACUGGUGGCUGAGAACAAUCAAUCAUCGGGAAAACCUCUGAUGCAGGAAAAACUGGGCCUGCCUCUCAGCCCGUCAGGCUCCCUGCUGACUGAGGUUGUGUUCCUCGUGUUUUCCAGUGCAAGGUUUGCUUCUGCCCCACCAAGAGAGGACGUUGUCCUCAACUGUGGCUUCAGGCAGCAGGAAAUGUCCAUUGCGCAGGAAGUGGGCGUUGAGUGGCGUUUACAGCACAGGGGAAGUGGACAGCGAGUGUUUGGGAUGAAAGCUGGCCUGGCCGGUGAACGGGACACCUCCGAGGUACUACAUGCUGAGCGGGGAGGUUCGAGCAUGGAUGCCGCGCUGCUGGUCGGGGAAGGCAAUGCGUCCCUCACCCUAACAAAGCUAAAGGUCUCGGAUGAGGGGACGUAUAUUUGUACCGUCAGCCUGGGCCGUAUGCGCGCCCAGCAGAUCAUACAGCUUGACGUUGCAAAGCCCCCCCAUGUUUCUCUCUCCGAACAGAAGCUGGUUUUUCAGGCUGAGCUCCCUAAAAUACUGAGCUGCAACUGCAAGAAUUAUUACCCUCUGGAUGUCGAGAUAGAGUGGUUAUCCCUCUCUCCGACAGAAACCGAGCCCAGGGUCCUGCCACAGCAGGGGUCUCUCACCAGCCACCGGCAGAACAGCGACGGGACGUUUUCUCUGUCGUCUCACCUCAGCCUCACACCGUCCACCUUCCCCCCGGACACCACCGUCAUGUGCCGGGUGGCCCACCCUGCGCUGUCCGCACCCAUCUCGGUCAGCCUGGUGGUGGAAAAACCCCAGUCACCUUCCUAUUGGAUGUUUCUGGGCUUCCUCAUCGUCACGGUACUGUUUUUCUACCAGGUCAUGAGCUAAGAUUCAUAACCGACUUCCCUGGAAUCCACCGCUGAUACGCGUUACCCCCUCGAGGAAAGUAGACCGCUGGAAACUCAGGUGGAGGAUUAACGAGAGAGAAGACGCGCACUGAAGUGAAUUAAGUCUGUUCUGUCCAACGUGUUUGUGUCCAUGUAUAAACAGGCCGACAGAUAGCCAACGUGAAGAAUCCCAAAGAAAUACAGAGUCCCGGUCCAAGUUGAGGAACUUUACUGAAGAACUUUGAGAAUUCGACCUUUUUUUGUAAAACUGUAUAGGGGGGCA